CGUAGCUGUCGUCCACCAGCUCGCAGAUCUCCGCCACCGCUGCUUUGGUCAGCGCCUCCAUGAUGGACGUCAGCUGAGAGUGAAACCCCGUAUAGCUCGUCAUGUUCAGCCACCGAGAAACGACACCAGCCGCCGAACCGCGAAUUAAAUCGACAUUAACAAACGCUGUGGACUCAGCAGAGGAGCGACGGCCCGCCCGUUUUCACGCCGAGAAAGGGUUUUUUCAAACCCGGUGAAAAAUAGGAUGGAUGCUGCGGAGCACCGACCGUUUUUGUUUGGAGCGGAUCCGUAGUCUCUUUAGCAACUUCCGCCAUAACUUUCAAAAUAAAAGAUCAAGAUCUAGCCGUGUCACAGAGGAUUUGAUCCGCCGGCGCGCCGAGCACAAUGAGUGUGAGAUCUUCUCCCUGGAGGAAGUUUCUCUGCAUCAGCAGGACAUCGAGAGGAUCGAACACCUCGACAGGUGGUGCAAGGAGCUGAGGAUCCUCUACCUGCAGAACAACCUCAUCCCCAGGAUCGAAAAUGUUGGCCGACUGAAGAAGCUGGAGUACUUGAAUCUGGCCUUGAACAACAUUGAAGUCAUUGAAAACCUUGAAGGCUGUGAGAGCCUGCAGAAACUGGACCUGACGGUGAACUUCGUGGGCCGCCUGAGCAGCGUGGAGUCCCUGAGACACAACAUCCACCUCCGAGAGCUGUUUCUGGUGGGGAAUCCCUGCACGCAGUUCGAGGGCUACAGGCAGUUUGUGGUGGCUGCACUGCCUCAGCUCAAGAGUCUGGACAGGACGGAAAUCAGCCGGUCAGAACGGAUCCAAGCCUCGCAGGGUCUGGAGGAGGCAAGGAGGCGCGUCGCUGAGCAGGAGCAGGAAUACUUGAGGAGGAGAGCUGAGGAGAAAGAGGAGGCGAGGAGGAAGGAAGCAGGAGUUGAGGAGGAAAAGAAGGAGAGGAAACCAGGCUUUGACGGCCGCUGGUACACCGACAUCAACAACACAGUCAGUCCAGAGUCAGAGAAGGAGAACCAGGAGUUGAACGAGAACCCAAAGAACCCGGAGGAGGAUGAGGAGCAAAGAGAGCGCGAGUUCUGGCACACACCGUGCAGCUUCACCCCCGAAUCUCGUCUGGAGGCUUACCGGCACCUGGAGGAGAAGAGGCGGGCCAAGGAGAAGUAA